AUGCCGCGCGCCGAGUGGGUGCUGCGCUGGCCGGGGCAGGUGGUCAUCGCCGGCUCGCAGACCGCCUGGACGGCCGGCGUGGAGGCCGCCAUCGAGGACUACCGCAUGGACCAGUUCUUCGAGGAGAACCUGCUUAUGGUGAGUGCUGGAGGGAGCAGGUGUCUGACCCUGGUAGCUGGUCUAGAAGAGCUGUGGACGAUGCCACGCGCCGAGUGGGUGCUGCGCUGGCCGGGGCAGGUGGUCAUCGCCGGCUCGCAGACCGCCUGGACGGCCGGCGUGGAGGCCGCCAUCGAGGACUACCGCAUGGACCAGUUCUUCGAGGAGAACCUGCUCAUGCUGGACAGUCUUCGCGGACUUGUAAAGGGCGAGCUGACAUUCUUCCAGCGCGAGGUGGUGUGUGCUCUGAUCGUGAUUGAGGUGCACGCGCGUGACGUCACCAGGACGCUGGUGGAUGAGAACGUGAAGAAUGUGUCUGACUUCCAGUGGACUUGUCAGCUUAGGUACUACCAAGUAGUGAAGCCAAUGUACGAGUUUGAGGAAGGCGAGUCCCGCGAGAUCUACCAGGAUGAGAACCGACUAGACACGGCGCCUUAUUACCGUCAGUUCAGCCAGAACUACUGCGACGUUAAGGCGCUCAACUCAGUGUUUAAAUACUCCAGCGAGUACCUUGGGAACAGGUGA